ACUUUUGACUGACGAACUGAUAAGAUAAAAUAAUCAUUCGUUGGGACACUAGCCCUCACGCACAUGUUCGAAGGCAGUGCUGUUUUGUUUUUAAGGGAUCGUAGGUGUAGACUGUCAUCUUAGAGGGUGAGCUCUCCCUCCCCUUCACGCUGUCGGCAAGAUGGAGCUCGGGACAUACAAGCCUAAAACGGAUUCAGACAUCGAAGCUGGGGAAAGUGCUUCUUCCUCUCCUUCCUCUUCUCCUCCUCCUUCCCCUACCUUACCUUCCUCCGCGCCAGUUAGCGUCGCCAUCGAAGCUACGGAACAAACGGGAGAUUCGUCUACGUCACUCCCGCAGAAGGGCGACACGAUGACGUCAUUGAGCAACGGUGACGUCACAUUGACCAAGCUUGACGUGAGUGCGAAGGACAGGAUUGCGCAGGUCACGUCCUCCGUGUCUUCUGACCUUGGCCCGGACGCGACGGGGCAUAGGCCCCUAGGAAAGGGGAAUGUCGUGGUGGUGCAGCAAGGCUACAAGUCCUAUGGCUCCCGCAAGAACAAGGUGCCAGUGCUGGAAGGUCUGGAGAUGAGAGUGCCACAAGGAGCCAUCUAUGGUCUCUUAGGCCCGAGUGGCUGCGGGAAAACCACGCUCUUGGGUUGCCUUGUGAAUCGACUGCGGUUGGACAAGGGGGAAAUAUUCCUGUAUGGGUAUCCACCGGGCUCCCCCAGUGCCGCUGUCCCAGGGCAUCGGGUCGGGUACAUGCCACAGGAACUGGCCCUCUACCAAGAAUUCACGAUUGUGGAGACCCUUCGCUACUUCGGCAGGAUCCACCAGAUGUCCUCAGCCAUGAUCGAUAAAAGAACGAAAUUCCUCGUAUCCUUCUUAGACUUACCUGACCCCACGAGACUCAUUAACCAGCUUAGCGGAGGACAGCAGAGGAGAGUGAGUUUCGCGGCCGCCCUUCUGCACGAACCCGAUCUCCUUAUACUCGACGAACCAACAGUGGGCGUCGAUCCCUUAUUGAGGAGCAGUAUCUGGCAACACUUAUUGGAAGUCUGCAAGUCUGGCCACACGACCAUCAUCAUUACCACACAUUAUAUCGAAGAGGCGAGACAAGCGGACAAGGUAAUAAUAUAUCAACAUUAUGGGGGCGUGACCUCUGACCUGAAGCAAGUCGUCACUCCUUCAGGGCAUAUCAUCCUGAAGGACUCCGAGGAAGAAAGAAUUCUGAUGUCCCCCUGGGUGCAGACGUCUAAGUAUGAGAGGAUGUUCUCUCUCUACCGCUUCUCUGCUCUGCUAGUCAAGAACUUUAUUCGUCUCUGGAGGAAUAUUGGGUUCCUUCUCUUCUCCUUCCUCAUGCCGCCUCUGCAAACGGUGCUCUUCUGUCUCACGGUGGGGGGGACACCCUACGACCUCCCCAUGGCUAUUGUGAACGAUGAUGUCGGUUGGCCUACCCUGCCACCUCUGCCUACUGACUGGCCUCCCCUGCCACCUCUGCCAACCGACUGGCCUGACCUUCCGUCGUCGCUGCCGCCUCUGCCGUUCAAGGCUUCGGAACUCUACAUCGACGAAUUAAGCUCGAGGACUAUACGAAAGACGUACUACGACUCUUUCCAAGAAGGAUACGAUUCGGUUCAGGACGGCCGGUCAUGGGGUCUGAUCUUCUUCAACGAAUCUUAUACAAAGAGUCUCAUCUACUCUGUGACUAACAUUGGCGACUUGGCUCCCGAGGACAGGAACCAGAGUAAAAUUAACGUGUAUAUGGAUAAUACCAACAGCCAGAUCUCUGCCACCCUGGGCUACGAGCUGCUUACUUCUCUGGAAAGAUUCUUGGUCGACAUUGGUCGAUGUAUUCCGAAUUUUGAUAUCAGUAAGCUCUCAUUUCCGUUGGAGUUCCAGACGCCGGUUUACGGGAAGGGCAGCACGUCCUUCACAGAGUUCAUGGCUCCGGGAGUCAUUCUCACGAUCACCUACUUCAUGGCCGUGGGGCUGACGGCUCUUUCCUUCAUCAUUGAGAGGAAGGAGGGGCUUCUCGACCGCUCUUGGGUUGCAGGUGUUCAGUCAAGCGAGGUCAUGUUGGCUCACCUGACGACGCAGAUGAUGGUGAUGCUCGUGCAGAUCGCCCUUAUCCUGGUGUUCAUGUUCCCGGUGUUCCAGCUACCUUGUGAGGGGAACAUGUUAUGGGUUGUUCUUCUCUCUAUUCUCCAGGGAUUCUGUGGAAUGACUUUCGGUCUGAUGACGUCAGCGCUGUCCAACGCAAACACGGCAUAUGAUGGCACUGGGCAUUUUACCCUCUGUUGCUUCUCUCGCGCAGUGGCCUGUGCAGGGCAUACCGUUGCUCUAAGAUACGUAUCCUACAUCCUCCCGCAAACUUACGCCUGUGACGCCAUCCGGGCCGUGCUCUACAAGGGCUGGGACAUCACGUAUCCUACAGUGUACAUCGGAUACAUCAUCACCAUCGCCUGGCUCUUCUUGCACCUGGUUAUAGCGGAAAUUGCUAUCAGGAUUAGGAAGUAGUGGUGAUGAUGGUGAUGGUGGUGAUGGUGGUGGUCCACGAUGGUGACGAGUGGAUGUGUGGGUGAAUGGGUUAUGUGUGUGUGUAUGUAUGUGUGCAGGAUUAAGUGAUAGGGAUACACGAACGCGUAUAUACAUAGAUGGAUACACUUUAUAAAUACGUGCGUUGUGUAUGUGUUUGUGUGUGUGUGUGUGUGUGUGUGUGUGUGUGUGUGUGUGUGAGAGAGAGAGAGAGAGUGAGUGAUAAUUUUCGUAAGUAAGAGUAAGAGUGAUUGAGUGAAUUUAAGUGUAUGUGUAUGUUCUUACUUUACCACAUUCCGUAUUUCACGACGAAUUGCAAACAGUCAGUUAUACUUCAUGAAUUGCAUUUCAAAAGAAAAUCAGCAUUUAGAUUUUCACAUAUUAAUAGGUGUUUUUUUAUUUUAUUAUUAUUAUUAUUUUUUUUUAAGUUUUCAUAUAUUAAUACGUGUUUUUUAUUUUUUAUUUAUUUAUUUAUUUAUUUUUAUCUUCAAACAGUUCCCACGAAGGUUAUUUACCUAAUGUGGCGUUUUAUAUUAACUUUAGAUUUACAUUAGGUUAAGUUGUGAAAAGUCGACAUCCGGUGCUGGAAAACACUCGGAUUUUAAGGAUAUAAAUUUUGUUAUUAAUCAAAAUGUCUGUAUUUAUAUAUCUGUGAUGUUACUUUUAAUAGGUGGAGCAUAAUAUAUUAAGAUCAUUCUAUAUUGGAGUUUUUAUGUAAAAGAAAGGAUGUACUAUGUGAAAUAUAAUCGUGUAUUGGAUAUAUAAAAUAGUCAUAUACGUUUAUACAGUGUGUACAAUGAUAUAAGAGGUUGCACUGUUUUGUUUUAUAUUUUUUUGCUAUUGUAUAUGUAUAUUGUUAACCAAAGAGAAUGCAUAAAGACUUCAAACUGUUA